GGGUUCCGAUUGGUUUUUGCAGAUCUGGAGGAAGGGAGGGGACUUUUUUGUUUUCUGAUUUUUUUGAACCAACCCCAGGUAUUUUCAGAUGAAGAUGAAGGUGGAAUUGAGAAGAUAAAAAAUAUUUAAUAGAUCAAUUAACUUAAUUAAAAUUAUCACAAGUUAAGGUGCAUGGAAAGGUUGUUCUUUGGUAAUGAUUCUGCAUUGGAAAAAAAUUCUGGGUUGCCCUUAACUUUCUUAUUUUGUUCUGUGUCAUGGAUCAUCUUGUAGUUGAAAUAAGUGGUUGAAAAAGUUUGGGGAUGGUGUUCUGGGUUUUAGUUGUUGUGGUGAAGAAGGAGAGAGAAGAGGAACAGAUUAAGAUAAAAAAAUUGAAAUUAAUUAAAAGAUAAAUGUUUAAUUAAGAAAAUAUGUAUUUUGAUUUUUUUUAAAAAAACUUCCUAUUGGAGGUCAAAAGGCACAAGUGUAACCUUACACAAGUUUUUACUUGUGCAUGCUAAAUUUUUCCAUUAAAAGUAUCUAAUUUUUAUUGAUAAUUUAAAAUAAAAUAAAUCAGUUUUUUUUUUUGAAAUGAUCAGAUUUAUAUUCGUAAAACGGAUUGUGUCGACUAUUUUUUUACAGAGUGAUUAACUAAUUAUAGUCAAUAGAGAUGUGUUAGAAAAUCAAUUUUAUGUCGACUAUUUUUUUGUCACACCAACAACAUGAAAUGUGGACUUUUCUUACUACAUGACCGUGUUUAAGUGUUCUCAAACUUCAAUCUACCCACACACCUACGGUGGUGGCACGGAAAGGAUAUAAAUCUAAAUUUCUCAACUCAACAUCAGACAGACCCCGAUAACAGUACCAAUCAAAGGAUAAUAAGAAGAACAAGGCAGAGGCAAAGUUCUGAACCUUGGUUCAAUAUCUAGAAUUUCUACAAGUUCAACAGCAGAGGCAACUAAAAUGAAUCCUGCACAGAUUGUUUUGUUUGGAUCAACUUUUUGUGUCAUGAUAGCAGUGCACUUUUCUAUGAAGCUAAUUUCAGAACAUGUUUUAAAUUGGAAGAAACCAAAGGAGCAAAAAGCCAUAAUAAUCAUUAUCAUGAUGGCCCCAUUGUAUGCUGUGGACUCAUAUGUUGGUCUGAUAAACUUUUUUGGAAGUGAAACAUUCUUUACAUUCUUGGACUCAAUUAAAGAGUGUUAUGAGGCUCUGGUGAUAGCUAAGUUCUUGGCUUUGAUGUACAGUUAUUUAAACAUUUCCUUGAGUAAGAACAUAGUACCGGAUGAGAUCAAGGGAAGAGAGAUUCACCAUUCAUUUCCAAUGACUCUUUUUCAGCCUCAUACUACUCGUUUGGAUCAUCAUACACUUAAGCUUCUCAAAUAUUGGACCUGGCAAUUUGUGGUGUUGCGUCCAAUGUGCUCCAUCUUGAUGAUAACUUUGCAGUAUCUUGAAGUUUAUCCCAGUUGGAUCAAUUGGACAAUUACAAUCAUUCUGAAUGUUUCUGUGUCACUGGCACUGUAUUCUCUGGUUGUUUUCUACCAUGUCUUUGCUAAAGAGCUUGAACCACAUAAGCCUCUUUCCAAGUUCUUAUGCAUCAAAGGGAUUGUCUUUUUCUGCUUCUGGCAGGGAAUUGUGCUUGAUCUCAUGGCAACGAUGGGAAUAAUCAGAUCCCGGCAUUCCUGGCUUUCUGUGGAGCGAAUUGAGGAAGGUUAUCAAAACAUUUUGGUCUGUGUUGAAAUGGUUUUCUUCUCUAUAUAUCAGACCUAUGCAUACAGUGCUGCACCAUACAGCGCUAAUAACAAAAGUAAUGUGCUAUCAGAUAAAAAGUCAAAGUGAUUCCAGGACACGGAGUCAUGAGCUACAGUGUGAUUCAUAAGAUUAUGAAUGUAUGUUUCUCAGGAUUACUAUUGCUAGUACUUUCCAUUUUUCAUGAGACAAACAAUGGGUAAACAUUAAUUGCGUGAGAACAUCAGAAUAAGGUCCAUAUAUAUAGUUUGAAAAUACUGCUUGUAAUGAUGUAGAAAGUUUCACUAUACUUGUCUUAAAUCAUUAGAUUCAA